AGCAGCCAACUACUUGCCGUAGAAACCGGAAGAUGACGGUUCCAGAGCAGGACACGUUAUUCAGAUUAAGCUGCCGCGCGUGGUGAGCGGUUCGGCAUGAACAGUGUGAAAGUGACGCCCGAGCGCGAGGGGUUUUCCCCUUCUCAAGAUGCGCUGCUGCCGGCCCAAGACGCGGCGCAGGUCCAGCUCCUGAUCUCGGUGGCGGUGGCCGUGUUCGUCGUCCUGGUUCUGGUGAUUUGGAAAGUUUUCCAAGCAAGAAAGAGCAGUCGGAGAGCAGUGCUUCUGGUUGGUCUGUGUGACUCAGGAAAAACUCUUCUAUUCGUUAGGCUCUUAACAGGAAAUUUCCGAAAUACUCAGACUUCCAUAACUGAUAGUUCUGCCUUGUACAGAAUAAAAAAUGACAAGAAUAGGAAUGUGACUUUAAUUGACCUUCCUGGCCAUGAGAGCUUGAGGCUUCAGUUCUUGGAUAGGUUCAAGGCUGCAGCUAGGGCAAUUGUGUUUGUUGUGGAUAGUGUAGCUUUCCAACGGGAGAUGAAAGAUGUUGCAGAAUUUCUGUACCAGCUCCUGACUGACAACACAGUUCUGAAAAAUGCACCUCCCCUCUUAAUGGUCUGCAACAAGCAAGAUGUUACAAUGGCAAAAUCUUCCAAGCUCAUACAGCAGCAGCUGGAAAGAGAACUCAAUACCUUACGAGUGACCGUCUCCGCUGCCCCAAGUACUAUGGAUAGUUCAAGCUCAGGAUCUGUCAUUCAGCUUGGGAAGAAGGGAAAGGAGUUUGACUUCUCUCAGCUGCCCAUGAAAGUUGAAUUUAUUGAGUGUAGUGCCAGAGGAAACAAGGGAGAGGAGGGUGGUGCUGACAUUGAUGACUUGGAAAAAUGGCUAGCAAAAAUUGCCUGAGCAUAGGAAGGUGCCAAAGACAGCCCCUGAGAAGAGUAUGAACUGGAAUGAUGCAUGCAAUCUAAUAGAGCAAGAACUUGAGUUUUAAACCUUAGUUUCGCUAGGAAAAGAGUGACACUUGGAGCUGUAGCAAUGGUGAGAACAUUCACUGUCUUGCUCAGGGAAAUGUUUACUUUCUAUUCAUUGUUCACAGAAGGGCUCUGCUGAAGGAUCUUUGUCCUUUAAGCACAGCCUAGCAAAGUGUAGUCCCUUUUCUGCUUCCCAUUCUCAUGGUCGUAGGUAAUUUUCCUACUUUAUCUUAGGAAAAGACCCUUUGAAAGGGGGAAUCCUGUGUUACACAAAACUCUCGAGAUGAAAAGGAACAUUUUUAGAUAUUCCUAGAUUCAAAUUCCUUUGCUUCUGCAUUCCUUCCAUUAGUCUUCUGAUCUGAAAUGCUUGUGAUCCAUGUCCACUUGUUAUUCACAUUACUUUAUUUUCUCUUUCAUUCUCUAGAAAGCAUUAGAGAAAUAGGUUACUUAGAAUUUUUUUUUAGUAUGUCACAAGCUGGACUUGAGACUUUUUCUAUUUGAGUUGCAUUUCCCAAAAACAUUAUCUGUAAAAAAAAAAAGUGGCACAUA